CCUUCUCCUUCUACUGAUCCGCUUGUGCCCGAGGGUUCCUCUCGUCGUCGUGCUCCUCCUCGGUCUCCUUCCGUCCAGGUUGCUGCAAGCCUCACGUGGGACCCUUCCUGCUCCAUCCUCACAGCGGCGCUGCUGAAACCGCGAUUUGUGAUGCGCCUUCCUUCCACCAAAGAUCCAUAGGUAAAUUCCAGCUCCAUGAUCUUUCCAAGUGAAACUGCAAUUUGGGAUCCAUCCUGCUAGUUCUUCAACACUAUUCCACAUUUGCAACCAAAUGCAAACGAUGCUGAGUAUCAUCAAAUCACGCCCCUUUAACCCCUUGUUUCGCUUCAUCUCUCUCCUCCCAACCGCCACCACUACACCACACUCAUUCUCCACCUCACCAUCCAAAACCCCACUCCAGAACCAAUUCGAGACAUGGAUCAACCAUCUCAAACCGGGCUUCACCCCUUCCGACGUCCACCGAGCCCUGCAGGCUCAAUCAGACCCAGACCUCUCCCUCGACAUCUUCCGCUGGACGGCCCAACAGCGCAACUACACCCACACUCACCUCACCUACCUCACCGUCAUCAAACAACUCAUCGCCGGCCGCCGCUACCGUCAAGCCGAAACUCUAAUCCACGAGGUCAUCGCCGGCGCCUGCGACCCCUCUGUCGAGCUCUACAACGCCGUCAUCCGCUUCUGCUGCGGCCGCAAGUUCCUCUUCAGCCUCGCCUUCGACGUCUAUAAGAAGAUGCUCAGGUCGGAGGAUUCCAAACCCACUCUCGAAACCUAUUCUCUUUUGUUCAAUUCACUUCUUAGAAGGUUCAAUAAGCUCAAUGUUUGUUACGUUUACUUGCAUUCUGUGAGGUCCAUGACUAAGCAAAUGAAGGCCAAUGGUGUUAUUCCUGAUACUUUUGUCCUCAACAUGAUAAUUAAAGCUUAUUCCAAGUGUUUGGAGCUUGAUGAGGCCAUUAAGGUUUUUCGCGACAUGGGCUUGUAUGGCUGUGAGCCGAAUGCAUAUAGUUAUGGAUAUAUUGCAAAAGGUUUGUGUGAGAAGGGUAGGGUAAAUCAGGGAUUUAAGUUCUUUGUGGAGAUGAGGGAUAAGGGUUUUGUGCCAAGUGCGAGUACUUAUGUGAUAAUCGUUUGCAGUCUUGCCAUGAAUCGGAGGUUUGAGGAUGCCAUUGAGGUUCUGUUUGAUAUGUUGGAGAACUCUAAGUCCCCUGAUCACUUGACUUAUAAGACUGUCCUGGAGGGAUUGUGUCGCGAGGGGAGAGCUGACGGGGCUUUUGAUCUGCUUGAUGAGUGUAGGAAGAGGGAUGUUAACAUGAAUGAAAAGAUGUACAAGGCUUUGUUGAGAGAAUUGCACUAUAUUUGCAGGGAGGGGGAGUAGAUACUGUGCUUCUUGUUCCUUUUGUCUCCAAAUGCAUAAGUUGUCGAAUUCAGUUAUAGGGAGUGAUUGAAACUUCUUAAAAUGCUGAUUAAGUGGAACAUCUUGCUUUGAAAAUUUCUCGUAACUUCUUUUGAAGUGAAAUCCCUUCCAUCGAGUUACAAUAUUUGCUCUGGUGAUGAUGAUAUUGCAGAAGGGUAUGAUCAUGUUAUGUAAACUACGGCUUACACGCUUGCAUAAUUGCUUACCCCCGUUGAGGCAAAUAUUGGUAAGUAAUUCCGAUCCAUGUUCUUGCUGUACAAGUUUCCUAUAAGUACUUUUUUGAACGAGAAUCUUAUGAUACCAUUUAAUGGACUCUAUCAAGUAUUCAUCAGAAUGGUUUUUGUUUCAAAAACUGAUAUGAGAUGUAGCUUAGAAGUUGAAUCUUGUCUUUUGCUAUAUCAGAUACAAAGUUGUAUAUUUAAAAACCGGAUCUUUUUUUCAAUAAUUGUUUUGGUUGAGGGAAGUCACUUAGUCACCUUGUGAAGAUGACUGAUCAAGACAUUGUGUGUUUGAAAUCCAAAUAAAACACAGACUUACGAGCCUAAUAUUGCAUCAUAGUAUCUUUGGACAAAGCAUCUAAAGUUGUCAACAAUCCUUAUUCAUAAAACGUAUUGUCAACUAAAUACAAUAGCACACAACUAAAAGUAAAGCUGGUGGACAUUCAUUUGGAUAACCGCAUCGCACAAAUUACAAUGAUCUCGAAACUUUGGAAAUUGAAUUUUCAAAGUUCUCAUCAUCAAUCUUCUCAGAA